AUGACCACCUCUUCCCUUGUUCCUCGGAAUCCUAAACAAGCUUUAGACCCUAAUUGGAAGGCUGCCAUGACCGAUGAAUAUACUGCUCUUAUUAAUAAUGAUACGUGGGAGUUGGUACCUCGUCCCCCAAUUGCUAAUAUUCUUCGGUGUAUGUGGAUUUUCUGUCAUAAGACUGACUCCGAUGGCUCUUUUGUAAGAUAUAAGGUUCGUUUAGUGGGUGAUGGGAAUGCGCAACAGGUGGGCAUUGACUGUGUUGAAACUUUUAGCCCGGUUGUCAAACCACCUACUAUUCGGGUUGUGCUUAGCUUGGCUAUUUCCGGAGCUUGGUCUAUUCACCAAUUAGAUGUUAAAAAUGCAUUCCUACAUGACAAUUUAGAGGAGUUCUCUAUGAUCCCUCGUUAUUUAUUAUGCGUCCUGGCAGUGAUAUUGCUUUUUUUAUUGUUGUAUGUGGAUGACAUUAUUUUAACUGCGUCUUCAAAGGUGUUGUGCAAAUCCAUUAUAUCUCUUUUGGCAUCUGAAUUUGCUAUGAAAUAUCUAGGCUCCUUGCAUUAUUUUUUGAGUAUUGCAGUUAGUUCUGAACUUGGUGGUUUGUUCUUAUCUCAACGCAAAUAUGCAACUGAGAUCAUUGAACGUUCGGGUAUGUCUUCUUGUAAACCUACUCAUACCCCGGUUGAUACCUCGGGCAAGAUGAGUGCUUUCGACAGUCCUCAUGUGACUGAUCCCACAUUAUAUCAUAGUCUUGCUAGUGCUUUACAAUUUCUUACUUUUACUCGACCCGAUAUUUCGUAUGUGGUUCAGCAAGUUUGUCUCCAUAUACAUGAUCCUUGUGAGGCACAUUUUCAUGCUCUUAAACGUGUAAUUCGGUAUGUUCAAGGUACAUUGCAUUUGGGUCUUCACCUAUCUUCUUCUAGUUCUACUUCCAUGGUGUGUUACACAGAUGCUGACUGGGACGGGUGUCCUGAUACUCGAUGA